CGACUGUACGGGCCUCACUUGCACAUACACGCACAUCACACACACACAAAUCGCCACAAAAUAUGUCGCGUACACUUGAAGCCAUUCAAUACACACGAGGCAAUCUUUGCAUUCUGAACCAGCUCGCACUUCCCCAUGAAACUAUUUUCGAACCUGUCCUGAACGUGCAGGACGGUCAUGCCGCUAUCAAGACCAUGAAGACCCGUGGCGCCCCUGCAAUUGCCAUUGUAGCAGCUCUUUCCCUUGCCGUCGAUGCCCAUGCCCGACUUGAAAAGAACGAAUUCGGAAGUGUGGACCAGGCCAAGGAAUUUUUGCUCUCGUCCCUGGAUUAUCUAAAAACUUCUAGACCUACAGCUGUCAAUUUGUUCGAUGCUGCUGCUAAGCUUGCCACACUUAUCAACAAUGUCGCUCAGGAUGCCAAGGAAUCCAGCCAAGUUGUUAAUGCCUGUAUCGAAGCUGCGGAGCAGAUGCUGGUGGACGAUGUUCAGGACAACAAGAACAUUGGCAAGUAUGGUGCUGAAUACAUUGUCAACAACGUGCGUGAUAAGAGCAACAUUAGCGUUUUGACUCAUUGCAACACUGGUUCCUUGGCUACAGCAGGAUGGGGUACUGCAUUGGGUAUCAUUCGUGAUCUGCACCACAACGGCCAGCUUAAGCAUGCUUUUUGCACCGAAACUAGACCCUACAACCAAGGCUCCCGUUUGACAGCAUACGAAUUGGUCUAUGAAUCGAUUCCAUCCACCUUGAUCUGCGAUUCAAUGGCCUCUGCUCUGCUUCGUCUAAACCCUAACGUCCAAGCCAUUAUUGUCGGUGCAGAUCGCGUUGCUGCCAACGGCGACACUGCCAACAAAAUCGGUACAUAUCAACUCGCCAUUACUGCCAAACAUCACGGUAUCCUCUUUAUUGUCGCUGCUCCUUCGACUUCCAUCGACUUGUCUAUGCAAAGCGGCAAGGAAAUUGUCAUUGAAGAACGACCUGCCAAUGAACUCGUGACCACCACCGGAUUGCUCGAGGAUAACCAAAGUGCCACCGUCCGCACAGCCGCUCAGGGCAUUCAUGUGUGGAACCCUAGCUUUGACGUUACUCCUAGCGACCUGGUUUCCGCUAUUGUCACUGAAAAGGGUGUUGCUGUCAAACAACCCGGUCAGUCCGAAUUUGACUUGAAAUCCUUCCUUUCAUAAAAAAAAAAUAAUAUUUUCCCUCCCAAACUUUCAAAACUGUGUAUAUCUCCCCUUCACUCGGUGUGUGUGUAUCUGUUCUUCUGUACGUGUAAAUGUGUGUAUACAAAAAUAUAAUAGAAAGAACCAAUCUUCAAUAAAAAAAUCCCGUGAGCCAGCCAAUUGUUGGAAGUUUCUUUUUUAUUGUUUUUUAAAUUAAAAACAAAAACUCCAUGCGAUUUUGCUGCGAGAGAGAGAGCGCGCGUAUGCUGCUGCUGCUGUUGUUGUUG